AUGGCUGACUCUAUCCAGCCCGGCGACGGGAACGAGAACGCGGCCCCUCAGCUAGCAAAUAUCAUCCAGGCUCUUGAUGUUAUACAUUCCCCCGCCUCCUCGAAUGAAGUCAGGAAGCAAGCCUCAGAGUUUCUCGAGCAGCAGAAGCAUGAAAAGGCCGCUCUGCAAAAUGGCUACUUUUUGGCUGCGGAAAAGAGCCAUUCCCCUGUAGUCCAGCACCUCGGACUUUCAUUCCUGGAGCAUGUUUUGCGGUACAAAUUCCUGGAGCUGUCUCCAGACGAGGUGAACCAUACCAGGGGUCUUGUCAUGAGUCUGGCUGAAGGUUUGCGGUGCCAGGAUCCUUCUUACAUCCGCAACAAAGUGGCUUCGUUGUGGGUUGAACUCGCAAAGCGUACCUGGGGUCUGGAGUGGCCGCAGAUGGAUGAAUCUUUGAUGCAUCUAUGGAAUGCGACAUUUACCCAUAAAGAACUUGUGCUGACUGUGCUGGAGACUCUGUCAGAGGACAUAAUCCAUCAGGAAGACACAGCGUCAUCCCUUAGAGGAACUGAUUUAAACAGAGCUCUAGUGGAAAUUUGCACACCCUACGACGUUUUUAAAGUGGCGUACCCAACAAGGGACCAUCAUACUGAAAUCCGCAGUGGGAGCGAGGGCUGGCUCUUCAGGGUCUCAUCUUUCUUAAGUGACUGUGUACGGAAUUUCCAUGCAUCGACAGAAGCCAAAACUUGUGCAUUAAAGUCAUUGAGUUGUCUGCGUUCGCUUGUUGCAUGGGUUAUACCAAUGGCCAUCGAUUCAUCUCAAUGCGUCAUAGCCAUUUGUAAUGCACUCGAAGUUGAGGAUGAUGCAGUUCUUCUAGCGGCGGUCGAGGCGUUACACUCGUUAUAUGGAAGAUCAACUUAUAAUAUUGAGGAAUUCCAAAGGCUUGUGAACAUAAUAUAUCAAAAUGAUCAUCUUAACCUCCUGAGGAAGUUAUAUGAAUGGUCGAUUGUCGGCGCAGAUAACAUUAUUGAGUCGAAAUACUCUAUAUCCAAAAAGCUAUCCGAGUUGGUUUCCUAUAUCGCCGGUUUUCUCGAAGAGAAAUCUGUCGAUUUCACGAAAUCAGUUGACCUUCCUAGCUUUUUCUCCUUUCUCAUUAGUAUACUCCAGAAUCCAAGCCUUGUUGUGUCCAUACCAGUACUUCAUUCAUGGUCCAGACUACUUGCCUCAAGCCAUAUAGGUGGAUUGGAUAUUGUCAACAACCUAAUAGGGCAGCUACUGCAGAUCUGUUCUCAGCGGCUCGUACGAUACGAGGCACUUCCAGAGGAUUCGGAUGACCCAACCAUGGUAUUUCUUAGCGAGGAUAUUGAUACUAUACCCGAACGCCAUGCCUUUGUUGGAAAUUACCGGCGGUACUGCAGCCAAGUCAUUGAGGUUAUCGUUCAAAAACACACGCUUGAGGCAAUUCCUCAUAUCCUCGCUGGGGUCAAUAGCGCCCUGGAUAACGUGUAUGCAGGGAAUGCUCCAUUCAGUGUGGCUACCUUUCAGAAGCAAUCAAUACCUGCCCUCCGUGCCGAUAUCCAAUUCACGGUAGUUGAGGCAAUGUUGAAGGGUUACCUCAAAUGGAAAGGAUCAUUGGGCUCAAACCCUCAACUAGAUGACCCAUGCAUAAAACAACGAGUGCUACGCUUAUGCGUUGACAUUUCAGCAAAGGCUCUAGUAGAUCGACCAAGUUACGCGCUGAAAAUCCUCGAGCAUAUAUUGAUGGUCCAGAUACCCGAUCACCCAGAAUAUUCUGCAUAUUCGGAGUCAGUGAGAGAACUCUAUAAUAUGGCCACGUACGAGAUUCGGAGGCUUGCAAUUAGAUACGCUGACUACUUUGCCAAUUACUACGAGCCGCUGGAACAAAAAGCACAGGAAAUUGGGAAAAGGCCGAAUGAUGAGGGACGUCCUCAUAUGGAGCUAUCUGCGAUCCUCUUGAUUAUCAUGCAGCGUGCUCGGAGCGUGGAUCCGUAUAUCAGACAAGCCCGAUUGAACUCUUUUGUUGAACCAAUCAAACAGGCGUGGACUAAUCAAGAACUAAAGCUGGUACUGGGUUCAUUCAAGGGGUUUUAUGAUGUCCUUGGUUUGGAUAAAGUACACCCUUACCUUCAGAAACGUGAAGCCCAGAAGAUAGAGGAUUGGACUGCCGUUCCACUCGACGCCGAAGGCAUACAUAUCCAGGAAGAUUUAAGUAAAAAAUUCCAGGAGUUACCCCUGCGCCCUACUCGCACACUCCUCGCUGUAUCAACGGAGAAGGUGAAAAAAGAUGAACCAGCAUACCAGAUUGCCCUUGAUAUAUGGAAAGAUACUAUUCCCCUAAUCUUGCCGACUAUUCUCCAGCUUAUUAGUCAUGCGCAUGCUUUUCAUAAUCCUGAUAAUUGGGAAGGUCUUCCCGAGGACAUGCGCCCCGUUGUUGGUCGAAUUUUGACAGAUAGGUUCUGGCAAGCCGGUAUUUCAAGUGGAAGCAGGCAGGAAUUCUACUCUAAAAUAGCUGGGUCAAAAACUACGCUAGAAGGGCUUUCAUCAUCCGUUCGUGGAAAAGUGAGAGCCGUCAGAGAAGCAUGCUAUUCGGUUCUUUUCAGCAUGAGUCGGCUAGAAAAUUAUUUCUACGGGUUUCCCGAACUUCCUGUCCCCCUUUCGCAGGCGCUAUACAAAGAUGCUUUCUCCCUGUCCUCACACCAAUUUUCGGUCCUCUUAAAUAUCUCACGGUGUCUAAUAGAUGAUUGCCCGUCGAAUGCCCGCGCUGAUUUCUUACCCCCGAUGAUGUCCGCGUUAUUUUCACAACUUGACAAGAAAGUUACUAGCGAGUGGGAUAUAAUCCAGCGCCGAAGGAUAGGUAUCGUCGAUGAUGACCUUACGGAGGAAAUGAAAGACGAAAGUAUCCUCAGACAAUUGACAUACUCUGCUGUCAUCAUGGUGGCUAGCUUCCUGGAUCCUGAGCGAGAAGGAGAGCUCAAGGCUACCGAUGGAGGACAGCCUGAAACAAUGCGAAGUUUCAUUAUAUCAUCCACCCAGAUCCUUGAGCCAGUUCUUUUAUUCUGCACACAUGCCUUGCAAAUGCAUGACACACGUUGCUGCGUUAUUAUAACCCGCGUUAUUCGAUCCAUGCUAACGGAAUUCGUUCCUGUGACCGACACUCCAACAGCUGCUACCAUUCGGGAAUUCAUCAGUACUGAAGUUUUGAAAGCGUGUAUAAACUCCGUUCAUGACCCAUAUUUUGUGGACAUGCAAAAGGAUCUAGCACAGCUCAUUUCUUCUAUAUGGAUUUUAUAUGGCCCAACAACAAACACUCCUAGAUCUAUCAUUCUGAGCUUGCCAGGAAUGCUAGAACAGAAGGUGAAAGCAGCAGAGGUCGCACUUCAUGGUUCAGCCUCAAGCAGACAGCAGAAAGCCAUCAUCCUGGAUCUGCUGGAGGGUGUUCGAGGAGUGAGGAUCAGUGAGCAAGGACGUAUUUUGGGUACGGCCGUCAAUCGUCGCAAGGAACGCAGCGCAAUGCAGGCGAGAUAUAUGUCUACAGAAAUGGAGGGAGAAGAAGCCAAGAAAGUUGACAUAAAUGACGGGGCUGACCUAACGUUUGUAGCCGAUAUGUUCAAUCAGGCUUAA